GGAACUCAUCUUGAGUGUAGGGCUGGCCGCCGACGGGAUUUAAGGACGGCUUCGGUUCCGGCGUCACCGGAAGUAAUUAGAAGAUGGCGUCUUCUUCGCUGAGCGGGUCGGCUGCUGCCGGUGGGAAAAGUGAAUUUCGUAACCAGAAGCGGAAGCCGGAGAACCCAGAUGAAUCAGAGCUCCUCACUGUUCCUGAUGGUUGGAAGGAACCAGCUUUCUCCAAAGAGGACAACCCUAGAGGACUCCUGGAAGAGAGCAGUUUUGCAACUUUGUUCCCCAAAUACAGAGAAGCUUACUUGAAAGAAUGUUGGCCUUUGGUGCAGAAAGCCUUGAAUGAACAUCAUGUUAAGGCAACCCUGGACCUGAUUGAAGGUAGCAUGACUGUCUGCACUACAAAGAAGACUUUUGAUCCAUAUAUCAUCAUUAGGGCCAGAGAUCUAAUAAAACUGUUAGCAAGGAGUGUUUCGUUUGAACAGGCUGUACGAAUUCUUCAGGAUGAUGUGGCUUGUGACAUCAUUAAAAUAGGUUCUUUAGUAAGAAAUAAAGAAAGAUUUGUAAAAAGAAGACAGCGGCUUAUUGGUCCCAAAGGAUCUACAUUGAAGGCAUUGGAACUCUUAACAAACUGUUACAUUAUGGUUCAGGGAAAUACAGUUUCAGCUAUUGGACCUUUUAGUGGUUUAAAAGAGGUACGGAAAGUAGUCCUAGAUACUAUGAAGAACAUUCAUCCAAUUUAUAACAUUAAAACCUUAAUGAUUAAACGAGAGCUGGCAAAAGAUUCUGAAUUACGAACACAAAGUUGGGAAAGAUUUUUGCCACAGUUUAAACACAAAAAUGUGAAUAAACGCAAGGAACCAAAGAAGAAAACUGUUAAGAAAGAGUAUACACCGUUCCCACCUCCACAGCCAGAAAGUCAGAUUGAUAAGGAAUUGGCCAGUGGUGAGUACUUUUUGAAGGCAAGUCAGAAGAAGCGACAGAAAAUGGAAGCAAUAAAGGCUAAACAAGCAGAAGCUCUCAGUAAGAGACAAGAAGAAAGAAAUAAAGCUUUUAUUCCACCAAAAGAAAAACCAGUUGUGAAGCCUAAGGAAGCUUCUACUGAAACUAAAAUUGAUGUGGCUGCUAUCAAGGAAAAAGUAAAGAAAGCCAAGAACAAGAAAUUGGGAGCACUUACAGCUGAAGAAGUUAAGCUUAAAAUGGAAGCAGAUGAAAAGAAAAAGAAAAAAAAGUAAUAUGUAAAAAAAAAAACUGAACUAAAACUUAUGUCAUUAUCUCCUUUUGUAAAGGAUUUUGAGAAUCUAAGGUAUUAAUUGCCUUAUCUGUGAGAAAAACUGCUCCGAUCACUUCUGAGUUUCUUUUAUUCAUAGAACAGUGUUCUUUAUAAAUUAUUGUAUUCUCCACAUGUGUUUUGAAAACUUUGUACUAAAAAGUAGUGUAUGUCUUCUUGUACAUUGUACCUAAUCAGAUCCAGGGAGGUUUUGUCCAAGUAUGAUUUUAGUAAUUUUUAAGGUUUUUUUAUAUAGAGAGAUUUUUGGAAUAUGAUUAUAAUUGUCCAUUAAAGCCAAUGUCUGAUGCCAUUGGUUUUUAAAAUAUAAUAAAUGUCUCAGCAUUUCGUUUUGAAAAGACUAAAUGAAGUUUUUUCAGUGUUUGCUUUUUCUUUCUCCCUCCUUAAUCACAAAGUAAAUAUUUAGGUUUAUACCUUUUUAUGGAUUCAUUUUAUAUUUCAUUCCAGGAUUAAACAGCUCAUAAGCAGAAAAUCAAGGCAUCUGAAGUCAAAUCUCAUACUCUUCUACUCUUGAGUCUGGGAAAGUGGUAACCAGAAAGACUUCAAAUUGUAAGAGAGCAGGGAAAUCUAGAAUCGUGUUAAAUCAGCAAAUGAGAACUGUUUCUAAUGUUUUUAACUAAUGAGGGCUUCUGGAGUAUUACUUACAAUCACCUAAUCCAGCUUACUGAUCUUACACAUUGGAAGCUGAAACCUGGGCUCGGGUACUCACUGAACGCCCAACUUUGACAACCGCUGUACAUUGUUUAUCUGUAUAAAAAUGGAAAGUAAAGAUGAGUUUGUCUGAUAGAGUUAGGAAGUUAAACAGUUUUCCUUUUU